AGUUUCUUAGUCGUCAAUAAUCUAAAAAGUCUGCUCGCGGCUCGAAAAACUGUCAACUCCACCGAAGAAUGACUACAGUGGUUGCUCAGACCCAUUUCGUCUUCGGGCUACGGAAAGAUGUGGCCAACAAUUUGUGUUUCUGCGAUGAACAGACUGUCGUUUUCCCCUGUGGAAACAACUGCGUGUGCUACAACACCGUCCAAAGAUGUCAGAGGUUAAUCCCAGGCUCAGAGAAUAGCCAGGGCAUGCGUGCUUUGGCCAUCAGUGCCAACCGGCGUUACCUGGCAGUGUCCGAGUGUGGUGAGAAGGCCACCAUAACAGUGUUUGACCUGCAGCAUGAGCAGGGUAGAAAGAGAAAAGUUCUGACUGCAGGACGUAUGCUUGUUCAGGAGUUCGUAUGCGUGGCUUUCUCUCCCGAUUCCAAGUACCUGAUAGGCCAAACAGGUGGUCCAGAGUGGAUGUUGAUCUUCUGGCUUUGGGAAAAACAGAAAGUCCUGGCCUCAGUGACGACCAGUGACUCAAAGAAACCUGUUACCCAGAUCAGCUUCAACCCUUACAACAACAUUCAGCUGUGUGUGAGUGGGAGCGGUGUGUUCAAGCUGUUUCGCUACUCAGAGGGAACCCUGAAACAGAGCAGCUUCCCAAAGGUGGAGACCAUCAACUUCCUGUGUCAUACCUGGUUGACAGUGGAGCAGGUGAUAGCCGGGACGGACACAGGCAGGCUGCUGGUGUUUGAGUCUGGAGACCUGCGAAGAGAGAUCAACACAACCUCUAAGGCUGUGCCGGGGCAGUCUGACAGCCAAUCACUUUACAGGCAAGUGGAGACAAGGAAGGUCAAAAACACUGACAUGGAUGAAGCUCUCACUGUCUCCCGCAUCACAGCCAUCCUCUCCUACUCCAAGGGCUUUAUGUGCUCUAUGGGUCCUGGCACUGUCUGUCUUUUUGAAAAGACAGAGGACAGUUACAGAAGGAGCAGGGAGAUACAGAUUCCUCCAGACCCAUACAGCAAUGAGAUGAGCCCGGCUGAAUCCCAAGAGAUUGACACCAUGUGCAUCAGUCCAGCAGAGGAGACCUUGGCCAUCAGUACAGACCAAGGACAGCUGUACAGCGUCAGCCUAUCCUCUGUGGACAUCAAUAAGGAAGAAAAACUACAUUUUGAGUUUCUGUCCCAGUCCUUCCACUCCAAGUCCAUCACUGGUUUAUCCAUCUGCCUUCGGAAGCCUCUCGCAGCCACUAGCUCUCUGGACCACUCGGUCCGCAUCUGGAACUAUGAGACAAAAGUGUUGGAGCUGUACAAGGAGUUCCAGGAAGAGGCGUACAGUGUGGCUCUGCACCCCACUGGCCUCUUCAUCCUGGUGGGAUUUUCAGACAAACUCAGGCUGAUGAACCUGGUUAUCGAUGACAUCCGCACCUUCAAGGAGUUCACUCUGCGCGGCUGCAGGGAGUGUGCUUUCAGCCACGGUGGCCACAUGUUUGCAGCUGUCAAUGGAAACGUCAUUCACAUCUACUCUGUCACUUCUUUUGAAAAUAUCCUCAAUCUGAAGGGCCACAAUGGAAAGGUCCGUGGCAUUGAAUGGAGCCUGGAUGACAGCCGGCUGGUGUCGUGCGGGAUGGAUGGUGCAGUGUAUGAGUGGAACACACAGACUGGCAAGCGUGAGUCCGAGAGCGUCCUCAAGUCCUGCAGCUACACGGGUGUGGCCUUCUCUUCAGACUGCAAGACCAUCCUGGCUGUGGGAACAGACCUCACUCUAAAGGAGAUCCAAGAUUGUCAGGUCCUGAGGGAGGUUCCUGCUGAUGAGGUAGCUCACACUGCUGUCGCAGUGUCUCACUCUGGUAGGGUCGUCUUCUCCGGGACCUCCAGUGGGUCCAUCAGGGCCAUUAAAUACCCAUUACCCGUCCAGAAGGACUGGAUCACGUACCAGGCCCACUGUGGCCCGGUUACCAAGAUGGUGAUCACGUUUGAUGAUCAGUUCCUGCUGACAGUGUCUGAAGACGGCUGUCUGUUGAUGUGGAAGAUCAUUGAUAAGGAGGGCCGAGGACUGAAGAGCAACAGGCAGAUCAUCCACACUGAAGAGAUUCUUGUCACCAAGUCAGACAUGGAGGAAAAGACACAGAACAUGCUGGAGCUGAAGAUGCGUCUGGAGGAGCUGCAGAUGGAGAACGAGUACCAACUCCGCCUGAAGGACAUUCACUACAAUGAGAAGAUGAAGGAGAUUUCUGACAAGUUUACCCAGCAAAUAGAAUCUCUAAAAACUACACAACAGGCCAUGAAGACAGAGAUGGAAAAGCAGGAGCGUGAGCACCAGCAGAGUUCUGCAGAGGUCACGGUGAAACAUUCAAAAGAACUGGAGGAUUUAGAGUUAUCCUACAGCCAGAAGCUGAUUGUGGAGCAUGAGAGGUACCAGGAUCUUCAGCAUGAAUAUCAAAGAAUGCAGGAGGACAAUGAGAAGCAGCGGAAGUCUGCAGAGGAGAGCAAAAUCCAAGCCCUGGAGGAGCUGACCCAGAACUACGAGGCCAAGCUGCAGGAGAAGACUCAACACCUGGCUCGGUGUCAGGAGGAUGCACAGCAGCAGAUUAGGGAGUUUCAAGAGAUCAUAAAGCAGGUAGAAGAGGAUGAGGAGAGGAUGAUCCAUGACAUCCAAAUCAAGUAUGAGAAGAAACUACACACAGAAAAAGAGACCAACACAAAUCUGAAGGGAGAAACUGGUAUCAUGGCACAAAAGUUCUGCAGUCUUCAGAAGCAGACUGAUGAAAAGAACACAGACAUAAAGAAGCUCAAGCAGGAGCGGCAGAGGCUGCUGGGUUUGAUCCGCUCCCUGGAGAGUGACAUUGAGGACCUGAAGAGGCAGAUCGCUGGACAUGAAAAGACCAACCAGGACAAGGAUAAGACCAUCUCUGGCUUGAAGAAGAAGAACCAGGAACUGGAGAAGUUGAAGUUUGUUCUUGAUUUCCAGUUGAACAAAUUGAAGAAUCAGACCGAGCCUCAACAAGACGACAUCAAUGAGAAGAAGGAGAGGAUCCAUCAGCUGGAGGAGGAGCUGGUGCAAAUUGACAAGAGCAACACUCAGCUGAAGCUCACUGUCUCUGACCUGAGGCUCAAACUGAGGACGAGAGAUAAAGAGAUGCACAAGGAGAUGCAGAAGGUGAAAGAUUUGGAGACACAUCUUCAGCGGCUCAAGUCCGACCUCCAAAACUGUGUUGGCUUCAUCCAAGAGCCGAGGAAACUGAAGAACAGCGUGCAGAUGAUCUAUGCCCGCUAUGUACCACAAACCAAUGCGGGGGAGAAAAGCAGUGUAGAUGACGAUAUUCAGAGGGCAUUCUGUCUGCAGCGUGAUCACCUAGAGAGGACUGUUAAUAGUCUCAAGAUGAGGCUUGCCAAAUCUGCUGAGGAACAUGAGAAAGUCUACGUCAAGAUCAUGAAGGAGAAUGUUGCUCUGAUCACUGAAAUCAAUGAACUGCGUAAGGAGCUGCGUUUGGUGAGGACGCAGGCUAAAGAUUACAAAGCUCAGCUGGCCACGUACAAGACAUCGAACAGGUCACGUCCCAACUCAGAGGAAGGACCCAAAAAGGAGCCCAAACACGAAGAUGCCAAUUAACAGGUGCUCCCAAGGGACAAAUACUUAGGGAGUUCCAAGGCAUUAUAACUCCACAAACAAUGGAAAUCUG